UCAAUGAAUCAGGUACCAAGACGCCAUGGCCAUCGUGCGAGUGUACGGCAGGCCGACGUACUUCGUGACGUUCACCUGCAACCCAAACUGGCCUGAGAUCCAGGCGGCGCUCCUGCCCGGCCAGGAUGCGCAGUCCCGCCCCGAUCUGGUGGCCAGGGUGUUCCACCUAAAGCUGAAGGCCCUGCUGAAGGAGCUCACCACCAGCGGCAUCUUCGGACGCUGUGUCUCCAUGCUGAUGGUGGUCGAGUUCCAAAAACGAGGUCUGCCGCACGGCCAUAUCCUGGUCAUCGUCCGGCAGGAGGACCGCCCGCGGACUGCCGACGAUGUAGACGCGGUGAUCACGGCGGAACUGCCCGACCCAGCCAGGUCAGACCAGGCGCGCCGCCUGCACGAGAUCGUGGAGGGCGGCCAGGAGUUUGUGCGUGACGGGCGGCUCAUCACCAACCAGUGGGUGGUACCCUUCUCUCCAUACCUGUCCCUGAAAUAUGAGGCUCACGUGAACGUGGAGGUGUGCUGUUCGGUGCAGAGUGUCAAGUAUCUUUUCAGGUACAUCUACAAGGGCCCGGACCGCCAGAUGGUGCGCGCUGACAACCUGAUCGGCGGCGAUGACGAGAUCGCAGAGUACCAGGACAUGCGCUCGAUCGGUGCCAGUGAAGCCUGCUGGCGUCUGUUCGACAUGCCGAUGAGCCAGCGGCAGCCGAACGUGGUCGCUCUACAGGUGCACCUCGAGGAUCACCAGCUGGUGUACUUCGAGCCGGGACAGGAGCGGCAGGCGGCUCAGGCCGCCCGACGCACCCAUCUCACCGCCUGGCUGGAGUAUAACCGGGAGUCGGCCGCCGCCGACCCGGACUGCCGCCGACUGCUCUACCCGGACUUCCCGUCGCGGUAUACCUGGCAGGCCGGCCAGAAGGUGUGGCGCAAACGGCGCCAACAGCAGGCGGCAGAGGCAAUCGGCCGCGUGGUGAGCCUCUCACCACGUCACGGCGACGUGUUCUACCUCCGCGUGCUGCUGCACCACGUCGCGGGGGCGGCGUCCUUUGAGGAGCUGCGCACCGUGGACGGCGUGGUCUGUGCCACCUAUCGUGAGGCGUGCUGCCUGCGUGGCCUUCUGCAGGACGACCGCGAGUGGGAGGUGACGAUGGAGGACGCGGCGCACGCACAGAUGCCGGCUCAAAUCCGGCGCCUCUUCGUGACGCUGCUGCUCUUCUGCGCACCAGCCGAUCCGUCAGAGCUGUUCCGGCGUCACCUGGACGCCAUGUCUGAUGACUUCGGCCGUCGUCAUCGCGACCUGCCGGACGAGCUGCGCGCUGCACUAACACUGGUGGACCUGGAGCGGCAGCUACAGCAGGCCGGCAAAGAGCUCCGAGACUUCGGUCUGCCGGAGGUGACGCCCGAUCAGCGGGCGCGGGCAGCUGAGCUGCAGCAGGCCGCCGAGCUGCGCCAGCUGCCGCGGCUCAUUCAAGAGGAGCUGGAAUAUGACGCAGCAGCGCUCAGAGACCAGGUGGCCAUCCAGCUGCCCACUCUGCUGCCGCCGCAGCGCCACGUCUUCGACCUGGUAAUGACGGCCGUCGACGGGCGGCGUCCGCUGGCCGUGUUCGUGGACGCCGCUGGUGGCACCGGAAAGACGUACGUCUUCAACACGCUGCUGGCGGCGGUGCGCUCGCAGGGUAUGGUAGCGCUCGCAGUGGCCUUCAGUGGAAUUGCUGCCACUCUGCUGGACGGCGGGCGCACAUACCACUCGCGUUUCAAGGCACCGCUGCAGGUGGACGCGACAUCAACGUGCGCCAUCAGCGCGCAGAGCCCGCUGGCGGAGCUCAUCCGACGGACGGCGCUCAUCGUGCACGGUACCCGCGCACAGGUGGUGGACGCCUGUCUGCGACGGUCAGCGCUGUGGCGUCACUUCAUUGUGGCGCCGCUGCUGGAGAACAUGCGGGCGCGGCGGGCAGCCGGGCCGGACGGUCCAGAGCUGCGGGCGUUCUGUGACUGGCUGCUCGAGCUGGGAGAGGGACGCGCAGAGGGCCCCGAGGAUGGGUUUGUUCAGCUGCCCCCGCACCUGGUGAUGGACGCCGAUAUCGACGCUGUCAUUGACUGGGUGUUUGAUGACCUGGCAGGGCGACACGGCGACCGGGAGUGGAUGGCGUCGCGGGCUGUGCUCGCGCCGCGAAACACUCGGGUCGACGAGCUGAACGCCGCAGUCACCGAGCGCUUCCCCGGAGAGGCCGUCCGCCUGCUGAGCGCCGACAGUCUGGUGGAGGAGGCCGAGCAGCUGGAUUCCACAUGA